AUGUUAGAGCAACUCCUGGAUGACCAUCCAAAAUGCUUCAUCGUCGGAGCAGACAAUGUGGGCUCCAAGCAGAUGCAGACCAUCCGCUGUACUCUUUGUGGCAAAGCCGUGGUGCUGAUGGGUAAAAACACCAUGAUGCGCAAGGCUAUUUGUGGCCACCUGGAGAACAACUCCGCUUUGGAGAACCAGGGACGCAAGCAACUCCUGGAUGACCAUCCAAAAUGCUUCAUCGUCGAAGCAGACAAUGUGGGCUCCAAGCAGAUGCAGACCAUCCGCUGUACUCUUUGUGGCAAAGCCGUGGUGCUAAUGGGUAAAAACACCAUGAUGCGCAAGGCUAUUUGUGGCCACCUGGAGAACAACUCCGCUUUGGAGAACCAGGGACGCAAGCAACUCCUGGAUGACCAUCCAAAAUGCUUCAUCGUCGGAGCAGACAAUGUGGGCUCCAAGCAGAUGCAAACCAUCCGCUGUACUCUUCGUGGCAAAGCGGUGAUGCUGAUGGGUAAAAACACCAUGAUGCGCAAGGCUAUGUGUGGCCACCUGGAGAACAACUCUGCUUUAGAGAAGCUCCUGCCCAACAUUAAAGGAUAUGUGGGUUUUGUCUUCACCAAGAAAGACCUGGCUCUUGGACUGGACAAUGUGGGCUCCAAGCAGAUGCAGACCAUCCGCUGUACUCUUCGUGGCAAAGCCGUGGUGCUAAUGGGUAAAAACACCAUGAUGCGCAAGGCUAUGUGUGGCCACCUGGAGAACAACUCCGCUUUAGAGAACCAGGGACGCAAGGUCAAAGCCUUCCUUGUUGACCCAUCUGCCUUUGCUGCGGUGGCAGCGCCAUUUGCGGCUGCCAAAGAAGUCAAGGAGUCUGAGGAAUCAGAUGACGACAUGGGCUUCGGGCUGUUUGACUAA